AUGGCUGAGUCGGACAACGACUCGGGGGGAGCGCACAACGCGGGGAACAGCGGCUUCAGCGAGUUGUCGCCCCGGGAACAGGACCGCUUCCUUCCAAUCGCCAACGUAAGCAGGAUCAUGAAAAAGGCUCUGCCGGCGAACGCCAAGAUCUCUAAAGACGCCAAAGAAACCGUACAAGAAUGCGUUUCGGAGUUCAUAAGUUUCAUAACCGGCGAGGCCUCCGACAAGUGCCAGCGCGAGAAGCGCAAGACAAUCAACGGCGACGACCUCCUGUGGGCCAUGACCACCUUGGGAUUCGAGGACUACGUCGACCCUCUCAAGAUUUACCUCCAGCGAUUCCGCGAGAUCGAGGGAGAGAAGACCGUGGCCGCGCGCGACAAAGACGCCGCCGCCGCCUCUGCCUCCGCCUCCGCCACCGCCGCCGCUCUCAGCGGCUACGACUACUCCUCAUCCACCGCCGCCGCCAUGAUGCAUCAUCAGGGACACGUGUACGCCUCCCCCCCUUUCCAUCAAGUGAGUGCCGCUCCUAUUAUGGGUAAGCCUGGGCCUGGGUCUGGGCCCGGACCCACUUAUCCUGCCCCUGGUAGACCCAGAUAG